ACUGAUGAGGCUACAGACCUGGUCCGGCCCGUAGGAUUUUUUUCCACGUCGUUUCCUUCGUCUUCCUUCCCCCACCUACUGUAAGCAGCUCUGGCCGGAGCACGCAGCCACACGCAGGAGGUGAAGAUGUCGGGACUGUUUGCGCUUCGAUCCGUUGAGAGGGCGCUGGACCUGUUGAAGUCCUUGGUGAAGAUCUCCUUGUCGCUCUCCUCCCCGUCAUGCUCGAGGAGUCAGGACGACAUGGAGGAGCUGAAGCAACUGGAGAGAACCAUGCUCCAGAUCCGGGCCCAUCUGCACGAUGCCGAGGAGAAGUGGAACAUCCGUGAGGAGUCCUCCAAGCUGCGGCUCAACGAGCUCAAGGAGGUGGCGUACGACAUGGAGGACGUGGUCGGCGAGUACGAGUACGAGGUGAACCGGCGCAAGGUGGAGGCUUUCCAGCGAUCUGGCGGUGUUCACCACAUGGAGCAGGAUGAGCGCAAGGUGGACCUGGGGAAGCGCAGGCGACUGCUGCAGGAAAACCAGGACUUCUUGAUGGAUGCUGGUUUAGUACCAGUCCCAGAGGGGUUGGUUCAUCGCGCAAGAAAAGUUAACAUGAGACUGGAUGAGAUCAUUGAUUACUCCACUCAUUUCACUUUAUCGGUGAAUGACGGAGAGAGGCGGUCCACUCCUGAAUUUAGUAGUUCACGGCGUACUACCCCUCUCGUCUAUGAGAAGAGCAUUCUUGGACGAGACAAGGACAGAGACAUAAUUGUUGAGAAAUUGUUGUCCAAUGAAGAGGAAAAUUGCACAAGUCCUCUUACUGUCGCCGCCAUUGUUGGCAUGGGAGGAUUAGGCAAGACAACACUAGCGAAACUUUUGUAUAACGACAUGAGGGUGCGCAAGUCAUUUGACAGGUUUGCUUGGGUUUAUGUGUCAGAGAAUUUUGACAUCACUAAGAUAACAAGGGACAUCAUAACUUCACUAACUAAGAACAGUUGUGAGUAUACAGAACUUGGAUAUCUUCGCAGGAAAUUAACACAAGAAAUAAAGGAUAAGAGGGUUUUAAUUGUAUUGGAUGAUGUGUGGCAUGAUGAUCGCCUAAGAGAGCGCUGGGAGCUGCUUUGUGCGCCACUGUCAGUCACAAGGAAAUGCCAGAUCAUAGUAACUACGCGGAGCGAGGCAGUGGCAAUGCUUGUACAGACUAUGCCCUUUUAUCGCCCAAGUUGCCUAAGUUUUGAUGACAGCUGGUCAUUGUUCAUGCAAGUUGCGUUUCCUGGUGACCAAGAGCAAAAUGCUUCAACAGAACUGAUCCGAAUAGGCAAGAGUAUUGUUAGCAAGUGCAAGGGUUUGCCACUAGCAAUCAAGACACUGGGAAGCAUGUUACGCUAUGAAAUGGAUGAAGAGAGAUGGGUGAAUGUUUUGAAAAGUGAAUUGUGGGACUUGAAACAACCCCAGCAUGAGAUUUUGCCCGCGUUAGAGUUGAGCUACAAGCAUAUGCCUAUAUACUUAAGACGAUGUUUUCAUGCCUUGUCUCUAUUUCCCAAAGUUAAUUCAAUUUUAAAGAAUGAGGUGAUGAAAUUGUGGAAAGUACUUGACCUACUUGAUUGUGAUGGGAGUGAUGCUGAUGACUACAAAGCUGAACGACUGUGUUUUACAGAGUUAGUUGAGCGAUCUAUCCUGGUUCAUGAUCACGAUGAAAGUUAUUGCCUGCACGAUCUUAUCCAUGAUCUUGCAUGUUUCCUUGCUGGUGAAACGUUCUAUCGAUUUGAGGCAAGUACAUCAACUGAAAUUCCAGAAAAUGUUCAGUAUAUGUCCAUAUUGUCGGUACCAGAUUAUGUCAAUGAUGGGGAGUUUCCAAUUACACCAUGUUCUCUGAGAGCCAUCUUUGCUGAGGGGGGUGGAAAUCUUAGAAAUGCAGAACCACUAUUUCUGAAAUCUAAGAAGUUGCGGGCCCUUGACUUGACUCAUAUUUUUGUUGAGGAAUUUCCAGACUCCUUAUUGGGUAGCCUAAAACAAUUACGCCAUUUAUCACUUAAUACUUGGCUGGAUAAGCAAUUUACACUUCCUAGCUCUCUAUUCAAUUUAUAUAAUCUGCGGACAGUUGACUUGAGGUGCAAUUAUAACAAGGUGUCACUGAGUGGGAUUGGUAGCCUAAUUAACUUGCAUACUCUGCCUGUAUUUCAUAUUAGAAGAUGUGGUUGCGGUUAUAACAUAAGAGAGCUGAGGAACAUCAACAACAUUAGAGAUCUGGAUAUAUGUGGAUUGGAUAGCGUGUCUAGUGUCGAGGAUGCAAAUGAAGCCAGACUGCAGAAUAAAAAGCACCUCCGAUCCCUAGAAUUGGAUUUUUCAAGUGCACGGAAGAUAUGCAGAUGUACACUGUUACCUACACCCGGUUCAAUACCACAGGACCAAGUACUUGAGAGAUUGCGACCAAAUCACAACCUGAGUGAGCUCAAGAUACGGCAUUACAAGUCUCAUGUAUACCCCUACUGGCUAGGUUGUGAUUCCUACUCCAAGUUGUUCAGAGUAGAGCUAGUGGAUUGUGAAUUUCAACACAUUGGGGUACUUGGUGGAUUACCUUCCCUAAAGUACCUCGUGCUCGACAGCAUGAAUUCUAUAUAUGGAACGUAUUGGCUCGGACAUUUUCAGACGGUCUGCGGGGUAUAAUGGCUUCCAAUCAUUAACAGAACUGUCAUUUCGGAAAAUGUCGGUGUGGUCAGAAUGGUAUGUUCAUGAUGGUGAAUUCCCAUGCCUACGUACUCUUUGGUUAGUGGUUUGCCCGAAACUAAGAUCUCUUCAAUUUGUGCCGUUUCUGUCUCUAUCAGAAUUCUAUCUUAUUUGCAACGACAAUAUUUCUGUAUUUCCGGCGUCACCUAAUCUCCGUACCUUACAAUUUCGUCGAUGUUCUAACCUGAGGUCCAUUGGUUUCGAGCACUCACUCAACACCGUGCAGCUGCACCACUCUUCGAGUUCAACCUGUGAAGAAGUUAGUACCCUCCCCAAACUCACCACCUUGGCUCUAAAUCAAUGUCCGAAUCUGACUGCGGUUGUUCCUCUCCCGUCACUUACCACUCUGUCUCUGAGCAAUGAUCUGAGAGAUGAGAUACUCCACAGGAUGCUGAAUGAUCAGCCGUCACUGGAGAGCUUAUCUAUUUCAGAACUCGAAGUUGCAAGCAUCUCUCUUGAACAGCAAAGUCUGCCUUCACUUAGAAGGCUUCGCAUAGACUGGUGCGAUCAUCUCCAGUACUGUGAUGGUCUUACUGGCCUCACUUCCCUGCAGCAUUUGGAGGUUAUGGACUGUCCAAAGCUCACCAUACAUGAUGUGCAUUCACUGGAGCUGAAAACUCUCAUCAUUACAAAUAUGUUUGAGGAUGAAUAUGAAAAUAACGAAAAUUGAUCUGAAUAUGAAAUUUAAGAUUGCAGUGACGAUGAGGAUGGAUAAAUAGGUAUGUAUGUAAUCUACAAUUUCCACUUUUUAUCUAAUUUGUUAAACCUUCAUCCAAAAAAUCCUAAUAUAUUAAUUUGGUUUGUCUUGUUAGUUAUAUUCUUUAUUAGUGUUUGCAGGCUUGCAGCAGACCUAGUUCUUGUCGAGGCAAAUUUUAUUUUUUGAGGCCUUAUCGAGGAAAACUGUCUAAUUUGAGUUUAACUUGCUUCACUAUUUGACACAUUUCUACAAGUAGCGAGGCAGGUUUUUUUUCUUUUUUUUUCUUUUUGCUUUUGUCUUGUUGAGAUACUAAUUGAACCACAUGUACAAAUAUUUUCAGUUCAUACUUUAAUCAUAUUUGUGUGGUGAUUUUGCGGUCGUUUGGAGAUAA